ACCAAACGCUUCAGCACUGGCUGUAGCUAUCCUCCCUGAGUUGAAAGCAAUCCAAAAAAAUCGUCCCGUAGAAUCAUACUGCUUUCCCCAGUGAUCGGAAAACACGAAACUGCGGCCAUGCGGUGUGUCGUCCUCCUGGGGCUGUCCUGGUUGUGGGCGACGGUCCUGCUGCCCUUAGGCAGUUGCCAGGACAACUGCAGGGUGCAAGAUGGCAGACCAGGGGUGAAGGGGAUGACUGGCCGGAAUGGGCUGAAUGGACAGAAAGGAGAAAAAGGAGAGCCCAGUUACUUCGACGGGCCAAACAGACUGCAGGGCCCGAAGGGGGACCCGGGCAGCAAAGGAGAGCCGGGUGACAUGGGCAUGAAGGGUUACCCAGGCGACGGAGGGCCACAGGGGCCCCCAGGAGCGCCGGGCCCCAAGGGCCCCAGCAGAGGAGGCGGCGACAUCGCACAGGAAAAGCAAUCGGCCUUCUCCGUCACUCUGACCACGGCAGAGUCUCCCCCCAUUAACACCCCACUGCGCUUCACUGACAAAAUCGUGAACCUCAAUGAUGACUUUGUGAUAGAGCAGCGCAACGUGGACCAGGGCAAGUUUGUUUGCAAGAUCCCAGGGCUGUACUAUUUUGUGUUCCACAGCCAGUCCAUGCAGGCCAACUGUUUGAGGCUAAAGAGGCGCGGUGCUAGGGAUGUGGAGGACACAUCUCUGAGUUUCUGUGACUAUAACAAUAGAGGAUUGAAGCAGGUUGUGUCUGGUGGCCAAGUGAUGGAGCUGUCUGUGGGUGAAAAAGUUUGGCUGGAGCCUUUCAGAGGUGAAAAAGCUAACGCUGAUCGCCCAGGUCAAAAGUUUUUCAUUUUCAAUGGGUUCCUCAUAAGUCCAACUGAGUAACUGCUAAGCUCUGCCAAGCCUUCCAGCUCACAGUGCCCUUAUCGCGCAAAUGUGUCAUCUUUCAUCAACAACGCAAAAAAUACAGUGUAAAUACUGCACAACACUUGGAGUAUUCUCUGGGAUCAAAUGCAAUCCAUGCAAUAGAUGUUAAAUCAACUCUCUAAGUGAUGUACUGUGAUGACGUUUUCAAAAUACAGUAAGAAGCCUGAUUGCUAACCGAACUCCAUGACUAACCUCCCGAACCUACUGAUUGACAUGACCUGCAUGAAUAAAAAUCUUACAUGUAGGCCUACAUAAUGUACCUCCUUCUGUAAACUGAUUCCCCACCAAAUAAAAUCAACCAAAUGGUUGCAGCUUCUAGUUUGUUCGCUUGUUUGUCAAUUUUGUUUUGUUUGUCCAACAUUGAAUAAAGAGGAUAUUUCAUUUACAAAAUGGACAUCCAUGA